CAAGGCCAAAUGUGAUUGCGCUAUCGGUCAUCUGGUGCGAAUAGAAAACAUUAAUAAAUGAAUAAAAAAUAAGUUCAAUCGGUAUUUUAUUUUAGAAUUAAAAUGCUACGUACACUUAUCAUUGAUCUUAACAAAUUGCGACUAAGUCCAGUUGUGGUUACACAAGUGCGCGAAAAAGGACAUUUAACGAGGCCUCGUCUAAGGAACCCUUACUGGUUUGUGCGCAAAGAAAGAUUGGCUCGUGACACAACUGUAACACCAGAAAACAAAGCAUUUCUCAAAGAAGUGAUAAAAGAUAAAUACGGUCCACCAGCGCUUAUAAAGGGUAUACCUUCCUAUGAUCAAUCGGCUUUAAUAAAAACUGAGCGAUUUGAGCGUCAGCCAUGGCAUGAGAAAGCCCGCCGUUGUGGUCUUAUUGCACGAAAAAUUGGACAAUACCCGCUUUGGCUAAAAAAUGGCGAACGCAUACGCACCACGUUAUUGCAAAUUGUUGACAACCAUGUCAUACGCUACAUACCACCACAUGAAUAUCAGCCAGCACAUCGACCUAAUGUAGCCAAUCUUAGUAAAUAUGGUUGCCUCAUGGUGGGUGCCGAAUCAGUCGACCCUUCAACACUAACCAAAGAGUAUUGCGGACUGUUUCGUGAUUCUGGUGUGAUGCCAAAACGCAAUCUGGCGCGCUUUAUAGUUUCUCCGGAGGCAGCGAUAUCUGCUGGCACACCCCUGAAUGUGGCUCAUUUCAGAGUCGGCGAUUUUGUUGAUGUUCGGGGAAAAACUGUCGAUCACGGAUUUCAAGGUGUGGUGAAACGUCAUGGAUUCAAGGGUAUGCCCGCAUCACACGGUGUAACGAAAACGCAUCGUCGUCCUGGUAAUAUAGGUGGUGGUGGAGAGAAAGGACGAGUUUGGCCAGGCACAAAAAUGCCAGGACAUAUGGGUAACCGCUGGCGUGUAGCGAAAGGUAUGCGUAUCUGGCGCAUCAAUACAAAAUACAAUGUCAUGUGGGUGCAAGGAAGUGCCAUACCUGGACCUACCAACGGUAUUGUGUACAUUUAUGAUACAAUUUUACCGCUACGAAAACAUAAAACAGCACCACCUUUCCCAACAACUUUUGAAGAAGAGCUAGAGGCGUUAACCGGAUCAGCAGAUGACAUUUGGUAUGAGGAUGUGCAUAAUUUUAAAGAUGACACUAUCAACUUCCAGCCAGAAACUAAUUAGUUGUGUUAAAAUGUUUAAAUAUGUACUUCAGCGAUUAAAGUUGUUUAGAAAUAAUGUA